GUUUAUAUAAUGGUAUAAAAAAAUGUGUUAGUGAAGUAAAAAUUUAAUCAGAUUUAUCGUCUAGUUAUUUUAGUUUUAAUACGAAGUUGAGAAGGUAUUAAUUUUAAAAUGAUGUGUUUAUAAUUUUUCAUUUGUGUUUCCGUUACCACUAUCACAGAGCCGAUUUCUUUCAAUGAUAUGUCAAAAGAUCACUUUCUAGUCGAAGACAUUACCAUCAAAAAUAGAAAUUUUUUUCCUCGUUUCCCGUAAAUGGUAGAAAUUUUCAAAACAAAAUUACGAUUUUUAAAGUCUGUAAAUUUUGAAAUUUUUUUCUUAAAACUGUUAACUUUUUGAAAAAUGAACAAAUCAAAAUAAUUUUUUUUAUAUAAAUUAUUUUAGACUGUCUAACUUUUUGACAGAUAGGCUAUUCUUUUUUAGAAUAGUACGCCCCGUUUUCGUUAUUUGGCCAUCUUUUUUUAGACACUUUUUUAGCUCAAAAUUUCGUUAAAAUCGCUAUUUUAUCUUUGAUGCGAAGCAGAGAAGGUAUUAUUUUUACUAUGCUGUGUUUUUUUAAACUGCCAUAACUAUUUGAAAAAUAAACGAAUUAAAAAUAACAUUUUUUUUUAAUAGAUACUUUAGAUAUUAAUCUAUUAUUUGAUAGAUGGUUUAAGAAUAAACACGAAAUAUACAUGCAAAAAAAAAAGAUAAUCCCUAAUUUCUAUUGAAUUAGUAAGGAAUAACUGAAAUAAAUAAACUGGGAAGAGGACAGUAUUUAUUAUUCCCUCUUCAAUAAAAUGUUUUAAAUUAAAAUAUAUAAAUAUAAAUAUAUUUGUAUAAAAAUAAUUGUAUUUAAAUAUAAUAUUUCGUUAAUUUUGUUGUCUAGCAACAAUGUAUCUAGUUACUGUCAAAUAAUAUAUUAUCAGUUUAUUUUAGUCAAAAAGUCUUAAACAUUGCUAAGUGUUGUCUUUAUUGCUAAAUUAAAUUGUUAAAACAAUAUAACAGUAUGAAGUGCUUAAUGAAGAUUUUUAAAAAAGUUUUCAAAGUGAACAAUAAAGGUGAUGCGGUAGACGUCAAAGUAAGUAAUCAAGUAACCAAUAAAUGCAAAGAAAAUUGCAAAAACUAUAGCGACCUCCAAGCAGCUGAGAAGAAAGCAAGUGUUUUGAAAGAGAUUCUGUCCAAGUCACAAGGCAAAAUGCAAGUUUAUUUGAAUGAAAUAGAAAAUCUAAAGGCAUCACUAAAGAUUAAUGGAAAUGUUACGAAUGAAGCAUCUGAAGGUUUGGUGACUGAUAAUAAUCAUCAAAAUAUCGAUCGUAUAAUUAUUAUUAAUGAAGAUAAUAAUAAUGAAGCAUCUAACGGUAAACAUAAAAAUAUAAAUUGUAUGACUGUUAUUAGUGAAGAUAAUAUUGAUGAAGCUUCUCGAGAUACUAUUCCUAAAAAAAAUAAAAAGGGUCCAUCUCAGUUGGCUAGAUCUGCUCGUCGCAUAAAAGAGUUUGAAAAGAAAAAAAUUGAAACGAAACGAAAUAGGAGAAAUAAUUGUAUUAAUUGAAUUGAAAAUUUAAGUAAUUUAGAAUGACAGACUUGAACAUUUUUUAUUUAUUUAUAAAUAUUAAAGUAUGGAAUAAUGUUUUUUUUCUUAUAAAUUAAGUAUAUUAUUAAAUAGUCAAGUACUACUUUGUUGUAAUGACACAAUUAUACAAAAUAAUUAAUAUAAUGUUAUAAUAAAUGUAAUAUUAUUUUAUUAAAAUUUUUUGUAUUAAAAAUUCUUAAGUAGUUGUUCCAAAUAAAUAGGCCCUUCAAAAAUAUUAAUUAAUUUAUUUAUUUCCAUAUUUAACGUUAAUUGAGUAGAACAAAAAUAAAUAAUUAACAUAGUCUACUAAGUGUCAUACUUGGUUAAAGCGCUUGUGAAACUUGCAUAAUUAAAUUUUUAACUUAUCAAAUUGAACAUGAUAUACGCCUAUAAAUUAUGCACUGUAAAUAAUUUAGUAAUAAUAAUUUCAACUAUGCCGCGUCCCAUUGUGCUGCGUUUUUUGUUAUAAUGAAAAUUAUUGAUUUACUGAUUAAUAGUAUAAAUUAAAUUAUUAUCAAUGCCAGUUAUUCCAUUUUAAAUUGUUUAUCACAUGUAAACGUUUUAUUUAUUUGAUCGAUUCAAUUAACAAUAUUGUUCACGUAAAAUUGAGUUCUGUUUAGUUAAAAACAUUUUGUAGUCGAUGUUUAGGCCGAGAUUAUACUUGUUAACACUGAGUUGGUUUGGCUAUUAUCCAAUACUACGUGUCUUUAUAGAAUUUUUCUUGUUACAAUGUUUCUUAAAUGUUUUAGUCAAAACAUUUUUUUUUUACAAACAGUUUUCUGAAAAUUCAAUGAGUAAUUUAUUCAAAUUACAUAAC